AACAAGAAGAAAACUUUGAGUUUAUCAUUGUCUCUCUCACCGGCCAGACUUGGCACUUUGAAGCUACCACAUACGAAGAAAGAGAUGCGUGGGUACAAGCCAUAGAGAGUCAGAUCUUGGCCAGUUUACAGUCAUGUGAGAGCAGCAAGAACAAGUCGCGCCUGACGAGUCAGAACGAGGCCAUGGCCCUUCAGUCCAUACGGAACAUCAGAGGCAAUUCCCACUGCGUGGACUGUGAAGCACAGAACCCUGACUGGGCCAGCUUGAAUCUGGGAGCCCUCAUAUGUAUCGAAUGCUCAGGUAUCCACCGAAACCUUGGCACGCACCUCUCCCGGGUCCGCUCCCUUGACCUGGAUGACUGGCCUAUAGAGCUCAUCAAGGUGAUGUCUCAUAUCGGGAACGAGCUGGCAAACAGCGUCUGGGAAGAGAACAGCCAAGGCCAUAUGAAACCCUCGUCAGACUCCACAAGGGAAGAAAAAGAGCGCUGGAUACGUGCGAAAUAUGAGCAGAAGCUCUUCCUUGCCCCGCUGCAGUGCCUGGAGCUGUCUCUGGGCCAGCAUCUCCUGAGGGCUACAGCCGAGGAGGACUUGCGGACGGUCAUCCUGCUCCUUGCCCACGGGACUCGGGAAGAGGUGAACGAGACCUGCGGAGACGGUGAUGGGCGCACUGCCCUCCACUUGGCGUGCAGGAAAGGAAACGUGGUGUUAGUGCAGCUCUUGAUUUGGUACGGCGUCGACGUGAUGGCACGCGAUGCCCAUGGAAACACAGCGUUGGCCUACGCCCGGCAGGCCUCCAGCCAGGAGUGCAUCGACGUUCUCCUCCAGUACGGCUGCCCCGACGAGCGCUUCGUCCUCAUGGCCACUCCAAACUUGUCCAGGAAGAACAAUAACCGGAACAACAGCAGUGGAAGGAUGCCCACCAUCAUCUGAGGAGCUCACUCGUGUAUUCGCUGACCUGAAUUACAUCCGCAGCCUCAUAUUCCUCCAUCCCCAUCACAGCUCUGCUCUGUGAGUCUGGUAACUCUCCUUUUCCCUUUUCCCUUCGGUACAUCCCUGUCCCAUCCAGUAACGGCACAUCUAGAGAGCGCAAGGGGAUGAGAAGGAGCAAAAGGGGCUGCAGAGAAAGCAGUUGUUUCAGUGGCAGCUCUCGAACGAUGGAAACAAGCGGGCGAGAGCGCACGGGUUGAGCAGGACACGCCGUGCGUGGCACCGGGACCAUGGGAGAGCGGUCGUCCCCGGGGAGGGGGGACGAUGCAGGCUCCCCGAGCGUGGAGGGAAGGGGCGGAGGGAGAGGCGAGCGAGAGGAGAAGGAAGGAGAGAUGGUGACUUUCCGUAACUGACAGUUAAGCACAUCAGUACAUUUCACCUCUACCAAACGCGACGCCUGGAUUUCAUUCUCUUCUCUGAAGAGCUUGACGGCAUAAAUCAGAAGCAAGCACAGAGUUUGUCAGGUUUGAAGCUCCUAUGAUGGUAUGUGUCAAAUCAGUUGUAGCUAAUCUGUCCGGGGAGAAUACUGGCUUCAUUACACUUGUAUAGUUGAGUUCUUCCAGCAUUACCGCUGUUUAAUAGAACAUGAUUAGUCAUCACGGAGAAAAAAGCAUAUUAGCUGAGGAGGUAGUUACAUGGCACGCUUCGGUGAUUGCUUGGAUGUGAUUGCAAUAUUCUUAGAAGCAUCAUAUUAUCUCAGACAUGUUCUCUCAAGCCCUUGGAGCCCUCCUUUCUAAAUUCACUGUCAUAAUUUAGUAUCUGUUUAAUUUUUCAGUCCAAAGAGAGGAAAUGAGUUGCUGAGUGUUAUUUGACUGCAGUCUCCUUGGUGUAAAAACAAAAUGGAAAAAAUAAAUAAGAGUAACUAUGAAACACAAAAAGGAAUAAUGAAUACCGCUAAGGAAAAACAUUUCAAGUACGUUCAGUGAAAUUAAUAAACGCAUUAAAGGCUAAUUUUUUUUUUUUUUUUCCAGCCAGCACAGAAAUAGGUUCUGUCAUUUUGCCAAGGUAAACGUGUUGAGUUUUUGGUCACUCCUGUGAUGCAUUGCCUAACUUAUACAGAUUUUUGUAUUGUGUCUCUAGAUUAUAUGUAUGUAAAAUCUAUUUGAAUAAAAAAAACCAUAAAUAUGCAUUGAUUUUUUUUUUUGUACAGAAAAUUACAUCUCUGUUAAUUUAUAAACUGUAAUGGAUGUGAACUAAAUAACGUGCAACUAGUUAGGAUCUGUGGGUUACAGAUCAUUGUACAUUGAAAAUAUUCCUAGCAGUGAACUCUCGUUCCCAUCGCAAGCCUU